AUGGCGGCCCAUGAUACAUCGGACGCAGGACCACGACGCGCGCGAGCUCCCACCAUCACCAUCGAUACCUCUGCUGCAGGCGGUCACGACGCGGCCAGCUCUGUACCUCUGGGUGAAAUCGACAACCGCGCCUCUAACAUGGACGACAACGCUUCGCCUGAGCUGCGCAGCGCAGGUUCCUUUGAGAGCAACGCAAGCAGACCCGUAUCACCUCACAACGUCUCCUCGCCAACCUCGAGAUGGACCAAUGGGGGCAACUUACUGUCUGUACCGGGGGCGCAUUCUAGAGGAACCUCCAUAGAUUCGCAUACCGAAAAUGGCGAGUCGAACUCCACCGGCACAUAUGUUCCGUCGUCCCAAGGCGAGACGCUUAAAGGAGAGAUGGGCCCUACGGAAGUUCUCAAUGACAAAGAUGCACUCAAGCCAGACCCUGGUACAGAGGCCGAUUUCGAAGUCCAAAACAACAGCUUUGCUUUCUCACCCGGCCAGCUUGCCAAGUUGUACAAUCCCAAGAGUUUAGGCGCUUUUCACGCCCUCGGCGGAUUAGACGGACUAGAGAAGGGCCUCAGAACGGACAGGAAAGCUGGUUUAAGUGUCGAUGAGCAGCACCUUGAUGGAACUGUGACCUUCGAAGAGGCCACCAUGCCAAGUCAGACACAAACACCGCCAAAAGCAUCUGCCAACGGUGCUCUUCCAAACGACGCAUCGAAAGCAUCGGGACCAAACACUUAUGCUGAUCGGAUUAGAGUCUUCAGUGACAACCGACUGCCAGUAAAGAAGCCAAAGAACAUCUUCCAAUUAGCCUGGAUGGCCUACAACGAUAAAGUGCUGCUUCUUCUGACGGCAGCUGCGAUUAUAUCUCUUGCUCUUGGUUUAUAUCAGACCUUUGGUGUUAAGCACGAACCGGGUGAGCCAAAGGUCGAAUGGAUCGAGGGUGUCGCCAUUAUUGUCGCCAUCGCCAUCGUUGUUGUCGUGGGCGCCGCCAAUGACUGGCAGAAGGAGCGUCAAUUCGUAAAGCUCAACAAGAAGAAGGAUGACCGACAAAUCAAGGUGAUUCGCUCUGGCAAGGUCCAGCAAGUCUUGGUGUACGACAUCCUUGUCGGAGACGUCGUCAACCUGGAGCCGGGAGACAUGAUACCUGUUGACGGUAUUCUCAUCCAGGGCCACGGGAUCAAGUGCGACGAGUCUUCCGCUACCGGUGAAUCUGACCUUUUGAAGAAGACACCUGGAGAUGAAGCUUUCCGCGCCAUUGAGGAGCACAGAAAUUUGAAGAAGAUCGAUCCCUUCAUCCUUUCAGGUGCAAAGGUCUCCGAGGGCGUCGGUUUGUUUUUGGUCACUGCCACUGGUGUCAACUCGAGCUACGGCAAAACGAUGAUGUCACUUCGUGAGGAGAGCGAAGUCACUCCUCUGCAGUCGAAGUUAAACGUUCUCGCAACUUACAUCGCCAAGCUUGGAAGUGCUGCCGCCCUACUUUUGUUCAUCGUUCUGUUCAUCGAGUUUCUCGCCCGUUUGAAAGGCAGCAACACCACUCCCGCAGAGAAGGGUCAAAACUUCCUGGACAUUCUCAUUGUCGCUAUUACUGUCAUCGUUGUAGCUGUCCCCGAAGGUCUGCCUCUCGCUGUGACCCUUGCGCUGGCUUUUGCAACAACUCGUAUGUUGAAGGACAACAACCUAGUGCGAUUGCUACGAUCUUGCGAAACCAUGGGUAACGCGACAACCAUCUGCUCCGACAAGACGGGUACCCUCACGCAGAACAAGAUGACAGUUGUAGCUGGAUCUCUCGGGACCGCUCUUCGAUUUGGUGAUCACAAGCUCAAGGUCUCUCAAGACCCCGCGCCCGCUGACGACGGCUCCAAGGGCAAGAACGUCGCAGAAUCUCUUGGUGAGGGCCCUAAUGACGUCUCGGCCUCAGAAUUUGCCGCUACUAUCAGCAAAGACGUCAAAGAGCUUCUUGAACAAUCCGUUGUCCAAAACACUACUGCAUUUGAAGGCGAGGCCGAUAGCGCAGACCCUUUCAUUGGCUCAAAGACGGAGACCGCUCUUCUCGGAUUCGCACGCGACCAUCUUGGCAUGGGCCAUCUGGCUGAGGAGCGUUCCAACGCCAACAUCGUCCAAGUAGUUCCUUUCGACUCAGCUAUCAAGUGUUCGGCAGCUGUCGCAAAGCUCGCCGAUGGUCAGUACCGAAUGUACGUCAAGGGAGCUUCCGAGAUUCUCCUGGGCAAAUGUGACGAGAUUGUCACGGAUGCCUCACAGAAGCUUGCUACUACUCCGUUGACGAGCGACAACCGCGAGGCGCUUGAACAUGUCAUCACCGCAUAUGCUUCCCGCUCGCUCCGCACUAUUGGCUUGGUCUACCGCGACUUCGAAAGCUGGCCGCCCAGAGAUUCCAAGCUCAUUGAGGACGACCCAAGCCAAGCUCUUUUCACUGAUGUCUUCAAGAACAUGACCUUCCUUGCUGUUGUCGGUAUCCAGGAUCCACUGCGAGACAGCGUCAAGGAGGCUGUCAAGGACUGCCAACACGCUGGUGUCUACGUUCGCAUGGUCACAGGUGACAACGUUCUGACGGCCAAGGCCAUCGCCGAAGACUGUGGCAUUUUGGUCCCUGGUGGUGUCGUUAUGGAGGGGCCUACCUUCCGCAAGCUCUCAAAGAAGGAUAUGGAUGCUGUCAUUCCCAAGCUCUGCGUUCUGGCGCGCUCAAGCCCUGAAGAUAAGCGCAAGCUUGUCAAGCGUCUGAAAGAACUCGGCGAAACUGUCGCAGUUACUGGUGACGGUACCAACGAUGCUCCUGCGCUCAAAACAGCCGAUGUUGGUUUUUCCAUGGGUAUCGCCGGAACCGAGGUUGCAAAGGAAGCCUCCGCUAUCAUUCUUAUGGACGACAACUUUGCUUCAAUUGUCAAGGCUCUGCUUUGGGGUCGCGCUGUCAACGACGCUGUCAAGAAGUUCUUGCAGUUUCAGAUCACAGUCAACAUCACUGCUGUUGUCCUCACCUUUGUGUCCGCCGUAUCCAGCGAAGACCAGAAGUCUGUGCUUACUGCUGUGCAGCUUCUCUGGGUCAAUCUGAUCAUGGACACUUUCGCUGCGCUGGCUCUUGCGACCGAUCCACCCACACGAAGUCUCCUGAACCGAAAGCCUGAUCCCAAAUCGGCUCCCCUGAUAACCUUGAGGAUGUGGAAAAUGAUCAUUGGUCAAGCCAUCUACCAACUUGUGGUCACUUUUAUUCUCUACUUUGCUGGCGAGUCUAUCUUCUCCUACGAAAGUGACCGUGAGAAGGCCCAACUACCAACACUCGUCUUCAACACCUUCGUUUGGAUGCAAAUCUUCAACGCUCUCAACAACCGCCGUCUCGACAACCGUUUCAACGUCUUCGAGGGCAUCACCCACAAUUGGUUCUUCAUCGUGAUUCUGCUGAUCAUGAUCGGUGGCCAGACAAUGAUCGUGUUCAUUGGUGGCGUCGCAUUCUCGGUGACCAGACUUAAUGGCCCGCAGUGGGGAUACUCUAUAGUUUUGGGUUUCCUAUCACUUCCUGUGGGCGUGAUUGUUCGCCUCAUCCCCGACGAGCUCAUCCGCAAAUGCAUCCCCGACUUCUUCAGAAAGAAGCGCAACCCAGAAGUCGUCGUAACUGACGAUGACUUCGAGUGGAACCAGGGUCUUCUUGAGAUCCGUGAUGAGCUUGCUUUCAUCAGGAAGUUCCGCGGCGGCCGCCUCAGCAACAUCAAGUACAAGGUUUCUCAUCCCAAGGAGAUAUUCUCCAAGUCGAGGACCAGCCUCUCUCACCCCAGCACCCCCAAUAACGGUACGGUUGAGCACGAAGGUUCUCCAACACCCACGCCUUCCAGCCGUCGCCGCACUAGAUCUCGCUCCAACUCAGCCUUUGGUCCUGCCGCUGUCAUGGCCGGUAUCGUCGCUGGCAGCAUCGGAGGAUGGUCGCCAAUUGGCAAGGAUGCUAGCGAUGCUGGCUCGUUGAAGUUCAGCCCUAAUACGAACAAGGACGAUCUCGAGGCCCAGCAGGGUAUCGAGGUGCACCCCGACACAAAGCCUUCGGAUCCCAUUCUCGCUCCUGAUGCGCACGAGUACCGUGGCCCACCCAGCCAAAACACCGAGACAACACCCAAUUUCGCCAUUGGACCCUUUGCUGGCGACCCAAAGCUGAAUGACGGAAAGUCAAACGAAAUCAACCCCUAG